CGCGAGGCAGAGACAACAACAGCAACAAACCCGGCAAACAAAGAGGUCCUUCUUCGGCGCCAACAUUUUCCCUCCGUACUCCAUAGUGAUGAGUCAUGUGGCCGUCGAAAACGCCCACGCGCUGGAGCAGCAGCUCGCCGUCUUGGACUUGAGCGCCCCGGAUGGACAAGGUGGAGGUACUAACAGACGAUAUAUUCCUCCACAUCUGAGGAACAAAGAUGCGUCCAAGAACGUAGGAAACGCCUUUGCUGCCGGGCGAGUGGGCGGCUACACCAUCGCGCCCACGGCCGGAUAUGGGUGGGACGGAGGCCGCAGCGGCUUCGUCAACGGUUACCACGACAACCGCAUAGGUGGAAACACCUUCACCCGCGGCCCGCCUCGCAUGGAGCGAGGGCGAGGUGGAGUGGGUGGUUAUCGCGGCAACAGGGGCGGAGCCUUCAACCCCAUGAACCCGGCACAGCCCAUGGGCUUUGAUGCAGGAGGCUGGACCGCCACCAAGGACGCCUACGGCAGCUUCAGCAGCAACAGGGGGAAGUCCGCCUUCUUCAACGACAGAGGAAACGCCAACAGAGGAAGGUAUGAACACGGCGGAUUCGGGGCGGGGGGGGCAGGAAACAGCCGCUGGGUGGAGGAGUCCAGAGAGGACGGAGACUGGUCCAAACCCACGCAGAGGAACGAACGUCUGGAACACGAGUUGUUUUCUGGCAGCAACACGGGGAUCAACUUUGAGAAAUAUGAUGACAUUCCGGUGGAGGCGACGGGGCAGAACUGCCCCCACCACAUCGAGAGCUUUCAGGAUGUGGACAUGGGGGAGAUCAUCAUGGGCAACAUCGCUCUGAGCCGCUACACCAGACCCACCCCGGUCCAGAAAUACGCCAUUCCCAUCAUCAAGUCCAAGAGGGACCUGAUGGCCUGCGCCCAGACAGGCUCGGGGAAGACCGCGGCCUUCCUGCUGCCGAUCCUCAGCCAGAUCUACACGGACGGACCGGGAGAAGCUCUGAACGCCGCCAAAGCCUCAGGAACGGACAACGGGAAGUACGGCCGGCGUAAGCAGUACCCCAUCGCGCUGGUUCUGGCCCCCACCAGGGAGCUGGCCCUGCAGAUCUACGAUGUCCCGGUCCAGUUCUCGUACCGGUCCAGGGUGCGGCCCUGCGUGGUUUACGGAGGAGCCGACAUCGGCCAGCAGAUCCGGGACCUGGAGAGAGGCUGCCACCUGCUGGUGGCCACACCGGGAAGACUAGUGGACAUGAUGGAGAGGGGCAAGAUCGGCCUGGACUACUGCAACUACCUCAUCCUGGACGAGGCGGACCGCAUGCUGGACAUGGGAUUCGAACCGCAGAUCCGCCGCAUCGUGGAGCAGGACACCAUGCCGCACAAGGGCAUCAGACAGACUCUGAUGUUCAGCGCUACCUUCCCCAAAGAGAUCCAGAUCCUGGCGAGGGACUUCCUGGAGGACUACAUCUUCCUGGCGGUGGGCAGAGUGGGCUCCACCUCUGAAAACAUCACCCAGAAGGUGGUGUGGGUGGAGGAGAGCGACAAGAGGUCCUUCCUGCUGGACCUGCUGAGCGCCACAGUCAUCCCCAGUGAAGUGCAGGACGGUUCUGGAGACGGCGUGGAGAAGCCCGGGAAAGACUCGCUGACUCUGGUGUUUGUGGAGACCAAGAAGGGAGCAGACGCCUUGGAGGACUUCCUGUAUCGGGAGGGCUACGCCUGCACCAGUAUCCAUGGUGACCGCUCCCAGCGGGACCGGGAGGAGGCCCUGAACCAGUUCCGAUCGGGGAAAUGUCCCAUCCUGGUGGCGACGGCGGUGGCUGCUCGCGGUCUGGACAUCUCCAACGUCAAACACGUCAUCAACUUUGACCUGCCCAGCGACAUCGAGGAGUAUGUCCACCGCAUCGGGCGCACGGGACGCGUGGGGAACCUGGGUCUGGCCACGUCAUUCUUCAACGACAAAAACGGGAACAUCACUAAAGACCUGCUGGACAUCCUGGUGGAGGCCAAACAGGAAGUCCCCUCGUGGCUGGAGAGCCUGGCGUACGAACACCAGCACAAGAGCACCAACAGGGGGCGCUCUAAGAGGUUCACCGGAGGCUUCGGAGCGCGGGACUACCGCCAGACGACGGCCGGAGGCGGAGCGGGGGGAUUUGGCGGGCGAGGAGGACGCAACCAGGGGGGGCACGUGGGAAACCGCGGGUUUGGAGGAGGGGGGUUUGGGAACUUCUACACCAGCGACGGCUACGGGGGAAACUACUCACACUCUCAAGUGGACUGGUGGGGCAGCUAGAAGCCCCCCUCACCUGUCUCUGCUUCUUCAUCCUGUCUGUCGUCUUCACCUCCAUGGCCCGUCAGACCCCCACAUGCAUGUUACCAAAUAUAGAAAUAUAUAUGCCCCCCAUGUCUUUUUCUUAGCCGUAGACUUUCUGGUGGGUUCUGUCUCUGAAGCUCCUCCCCUCUUUACGUCGGCCACAUGAAGGGACUCCAGACUCUGACUGAGGGAGGCCACGCCCCUCUGAGGUGUCCUGAAGCGGGGGGGUAUGAAGACCCCUCCAUGAUAGACUUUUCCAUUGGUUCUUGUUGUCUCCAUUGAAGCUCCAGCAGUGGGUCGGGUCAUGCCCAGAACCUUCACUCAGAAGGAUGGUUCUGAGCCAGGAACUGCUAAGCUCCGCCUCCUUCAGCAGAAGAAGAAAAAAACGGAACAUUUUUGUUUUUCAACCUUUAAAACUGACUGAAGAGGUCCUGGUGGGGUGGGGGGGGGUCAUUUGUUCUGUACUGUGCCUUGAAGAAUUGGGUUCCAUGAUGUGAAGAUGUCAGACCAACCAGGUUCUAACAGGUCGGCCCCCCCUCCAAACCGACCCGGCUGGGACUAAAUCAAACCUUGGCAAAACUAAAAGCUGUAAAACUUUGAUGAGGAGUUUCUCCGACCCGGUUCUGCAGGCCGGCCAAAGUGGCUCCUCAGUCCGAUCCGAUGGUUUCCCUCUAAACAAAACCCAAUAAGGGCGGAUUCCCGCCAACUUCAGAACCGCAGCGGUUCCAGGUUUUCAGGAAGCAGUGGUCUGCCCCCCCCCCAGCAGUUAGCAUGGGGUCCCUGUGGCUUCACCAGGACCUCCUCCUCUGUGUGCUGCUGGAUGGUUCUGGGGGGAAACUGGACCUUCUAUCAAACCCUGGAAACCCAUCAGAGUCACGCUCACUCUGUCCUGGGGGGUGGAACCGAGAGUCCUCCUGAGGGCGGGGGGCGCAGACAGCUCCUGGAGGGGUGGGGGUUCUGCAGCUUUGGUCUCCUCGUUUAGAUGGUUGGGGGGUAGCUGCUCCUGGGGGGGUCACUGGGCUGGUUAGGGAUUCACCGGUUAGACCGUGGCCCCACCUGAGGCUCCUCCCAUCACAGGAAGUGGCCUGCUUGUGUCCUGGGGGUGGGCUUGGUCUUGUGUGGGGGUGUCGGCGUGAAUCUUGCUGUGAAACACCUUUCCCCUCUGGAGAAGCUCUCCAGUGAGAGGUGAGCGUCUUUCUUCAAAGCUCAGACCUGGAAAAAGGCUGGUGGGUCCAUCUGGCUGCGGUUUGGUGAGGACUUCCUGUUGUUGGCGGGCGACAUGUUGGAGCGGCGUGGUGGAGGCGUAGUCUUUAGAAAUGUCCCAGAUCCUUUCAGCUCCAAGGGGUUUCUGGUGUGAUGUUCUCCUUGGUUCCUCCUGCAGCGAUCUCCAUCCCGAAUAAGAAUCCAACAGACAUGAAAAACUGUUGCAAAUGAUCAUCAAAGCCAUGACCUCCACUCAGACAGGAAGUGCGGUUUUACCCUGAACCCAUGUGGUCGUAAAGGACAGCGUGUUGAUGGUCCUGAUGGUCCGGCUGCUUCACCGUUUAGCAAACCGCUCCACCUUUUUUUGUUUGAAGGUGAAAGGCCAGUUUCACCUGAACAGGUGAGGAAUCCAGACGCUGCAGUGCCUUUAACGACCAGCAGGAGGCCGUGAGACGAAGCGCACGCUUUGUCGUUUCUAUGGAUCGACUGUUGAAGUUCUGUUGCUGAGAAUGACAGAUGCUCUGAUUUGCUCCACCUCUGCUCCUCAUUCCUAACCUCCUGGGCUGUGGUUCCUCUGAUGCUCCUCCUGGUUCUGCAGGUGUGAAGGUCACCUGAACUCUGGUCCUCCUGAGGAGGAGGCUCUCUGUUCUCCUCCAGAGGAACUCUGGUACGGUUCACCUCACUGUAAACGUAAACGGACCAGAGGUAGGAGGUGCUGUAAGCUCUGUGUUGGAGGAGAACCAGAGGUAGGAGGUGCUGUAAGCUCUGUGUUGGAGGAGAACCAGAGGGAGGAGGUGCUGUAAGCUCUGUGUUUGGAGGAGAACCAGAGGGAGGAGGUGCUGUAAGCUCUGUGUUUGGAGGAGAACCAGAGGGAGGAGGUGCUGUAGGCUCUGUGUUUGGAGGAGAACUAGAGGGAGGAGGUGCUGUAAGCUCUAUGUUUGGAGGAGAA